AUGAGCUUGUCUGCCACCAGGAUCAUCAGUGCCAUCAAUGAGUGUGUCAGUUUAUUUCUGUCAGCCAAAUCUGCCAUUUCAUCUUUGCGCUCCCGAUGGAGUGGCUCACAAGAGCAAAGUCUCCAUGAUCGUGUAUUGCAAUUACAGAGUGAUCUACAACGUCUCUGUGACACUCUUCCUGCAAUGUAUCACCUCAUUAAUGGAGCAGAGUGGAGAAGCUAUGAAGACCAUGUGGCCAAGCUCCUUCCGAGUCUCAAGGAUGCUGUGUCUGAGGCCGAGGACCUUAUUGAUGAGUUCAGAUGGCAUGAGAUGAAGGUGCAAGUGGAAGGCAAUGCAAUCCAAUCUCCUUUCAAUGACUUCCUUGAUAAGGUCAUUCAUGGUAACUUCAACAAGUUGAAUGAUGUCCAGUUGAGGUUGAAUUACCUUUCGAGUGAGAUGAAGGCUAUGGGGCUUCGUAAAGUUACACAUCGAUUUGCGAAAUCAGUCAGGCCCGUGACCACCUCUUUGUUGUCAAAGGAAACAAAGAUAUUUGGUCGUGAGAAGGAGUUGAAACAGGUAUUGGGGUUUCUUAAUGUACCCACACGUCCAAAACGCAAAAGGGCAACUAGUUCAAUCAGUGCAUCAACAAGCACAUCAUCAAGCAACCAUGUUAAUGCUGAACCAAAAAUAUCAAGUCUUCCUGUUUUGGUGGUAGCUGGAAUUGGUGGCGUUGGAAAGACUACUUUGGCCCAACAUAUCUGCAACCAUCAACGAGUGAAGUCUCACUUCGAGCUAAUAAUUCGGAUUUGUGUCUCACAUGACUUCAAUGAGAAGAGGUUAACUAAAGAGGUCAUAGAAUCAUCUACUGGAAAGGGGGCAAAGAUUGAUCAUUUGGAUUCUCUUCAACGUGCUCUUUAUAACCACGUGAAAAACAAAAGGUUAUUGAUAGUCCUUGAUGAUGUGUGGGAUGAUGCUUUGAAGGAUAAUGGACGGUGUUGGGAGAUGUUUUGUGCACCUUUUACAAGUGUCCAAGAGGGAAGUGCGAUGUUAGUCACCACUAGAUGUCCAAAUGUUACCAAGGCGGUGCACACAAUGGAGCCUGUUAUAGUUGAAGGUUUAAAGGACGAUGUCUUUUGGAAUUUCUUCAAGUUAUGCGCAUUUGGAUCUGAGGGUUCUAGCAAUGAUCCUGAGUUAGAAUGUAUUGGAAGAAGAAUACUUCCUAAAUUGAAGGGUUCUCCUUUGGCCGCCAAAACUCUAGGGCGCAUGUUAAGCAUGGACCUUCAAGCAUCGCAUUGGAGUUCCAUACUUGAGAGUGAACUGUGGGAGUUGAAACAAAAGGAAACCGAGAUUUUGCCUGCCCUUCGGUUGAGCUACAUGUAUUUACCAUUCUAUUUGAAACAAUGCUUUGCAUUCUGCGCCUUGUAUCCCAAAGAUUACAAAUUUGAGAAGGCAUGCUUAGCUGAAAUUUGGGUAGCAGAAGGCUUUGUCGAGCCUCAAGGUGGUGUUCCCAUUCAAGAUAUUUGCUAUCAGUAUUUUGAAGACCUUGUGUCUCGGUCCUUCUUUCAAAAGGUUAAUGGUCGAUAUGUAAUCCAUGACUUGCUGCAUGACAUGGCACAAAAAGUUUCAGAGCAUGACUGCUUCAUCUUACGAAAUAAGAGUGACUUUGAUAAAGUUCCCCAGAAUGUUCGCCAUCUAUACAUACUCCCUAGCAGUGAAUUUGAUGAUUCCAACUUGUUGAGACUAUGCAAGUACACGAAGCUGCGCACCCUAAUUUGCAAGAUUAAUUUGGGGAAAGGAACAUGCUUUGUAAUGGACCACUGGUGUACUAAACUUACACGUAUGCGUGUGAUGUCUUGUGCCUUCACAAAUGAAUUACCAGAUAGUAUUGGUAAUUGGAAGCAUCUUCGGUACCUUGAAAUCUCCGGAACCUGUAAUUUGAAGAGGAUUCCUUCUUCAUUCUGUUGGCUAUAUAAUAUGCAGAUUUUAUAUGCCAAGAAAUGCAAGAUACAAAGCUUACCCACUGACUUUGAUAAGUUGACCAGUUUACAAAAAAUUGGAUCAAACGGAUUAACUAUUGAUGCAGCCAAUCAAGAGGGACUAGGAAUUAUGUCAAUAAAGAAUCUGAAUCAAAUUCGUGAAUACUUGGUGAUAAAUAAUCUUGGCAUCCUAAGUGAGGACCAUGCAGCAGAAGCUAAACUGAAAGAUAAGAAAUGUCUUGAGAGGUUGAUAUUGAAUAUGCGAGUUGCUUUACGCUCCGCUGAGUUUUAUAUCCACAACAAUGAUACAGAAGUGCUUGAAGGUCUGCAACCUCCUAUCAGCCUAAAGGGUCUCUUCGUCAAGAAUUAUGUUGGUGUCUCGCUCCCAAGCUGGUUUCAACCACAAAACUUGCCAAGUUUAACAUCACUUGGUUUUGAAGGUUUUGUUGGGAUGAAGAGCAUAUCAUUUCCCAUGAUCUCACAGACCAUAAACCUAAAUGAGACACAUGCAAUUGGUACGUUCUUGUCCUUGACAAACAUAACCAUUGAGAAGUGUGAAAAUUUAUCAAGCCUAGAAGAUUUUCUGCAACCAAGUUAUCUACCUGGCAUCAAGAACAUUGAAAUUAAAGAUUGCAAGAUGUUAGCAUCUGUACCAACUGAAUUUUUUGGGGGUUUUCAUUUCCUUGAAGAACUGCGCAUAGCUGAUUGUCCAAACAUUCUCAACUGGCAAAGAGGGCUGGUCUUGCCAUCACAUAUCAAGGUUGAAAUAGCCGGGUGUCCAAAGUUAGAGGAAGUGGAGCGGAUGGAGCUGACAGAAAGAAAGUUGCUGCACUUUGAGUCGAGAGGCAGCACUGCAUCUGUUGGAGCUCCAGCGACCGGCGGGCAGCGGCGAAUGACAAAUGGUGCAGCGUCGCGGCGGUGGCCGGUGGCGAGGCAGGGCUGUGCCGAGGCGUGA